AUGAGUACACCACCACCUGCCAUCAGCAACCACAUCUACACCACCUCCCGCCAUCAGCCACCAUGGGUACACCACCUCCCGCCAUCGACAACCACAUCUACAACACCUCCCACCAUCAACCACCACAACUACACCAUCUCCCGCCGUCAACCACCACAUCUACACCUUCACCCGCCAUCAACCUCCACAACUACACCACCUCCUGCCAUCAACCACCACAUCUACACCACCUCCGCCGAUCAGCCACCACAGUACUCAACCUCCCGCCAUCAACCAUCGAAACUAAACCACCUCCCGUCGUCAACCACCACAACUACACCACCUCCUGCCAUCAACCACCACAUCUACACCACCUCCCGACAUCAACCACCAGGGCCCCACACCACAACAUCUACACCACCUCCUGCCAUCAACCACCACAACUACACCACCUCCCGCCAUCAGCCUCCACGAGUACAUCACCUCCCGCCAUCAGACACCACGAGUACACCACAUCCUGCAGUCAGCCACCACGAGUACACCACCUCCUGCCAUCAGACACCACGAGUACACCACAUCCUGCAGUCAGCCACCACAUCUACACCACCUCCUGAAGUCAGCCACCACGAGAAGACCACAUCCUGCAGUCAGCCACCACGAGAAGACCACAUCCUGCAGUCAGCCACCACGAGUACACCAAAUCCUGCCACCAGCCACCACCAGUACACCACAUCCUGCCAUCAGCCACCACGUGUACACCACCUCCUGCCAUCAGCCACCACGAGUAGACCACAUCCUGCCAUCAGACACCACAUCUACACCACCUCCCGCCAUCAGCCACCACAGUACUCAACCUCGUGCCAUCAACCGUCGAAACUACACCACCUCCCGCCGUCAACCACUACAUCUACACCACCAACCGCCAUGAACCAUCACGAGUACACCACCUCCUGCCAUCAGCCAGCAAGAUUACAUCACCUCCUGCCAUCAGCCACCACGAGUACACCACCUCCUGCCAUCAACCACCACAUCGACACCACCUCCCGACAUCAACCUCAAGAUCUACACCACCUCCCGGCAUCAACCGCCACAUCUACAACACCUCCUGCUAUCAACCGCCACAUCUACACCACCUCCUGCCAUCAACCACCACAACUACACCACCUCCCGCCAUCAGCCACCACGACCCCCAGGAAUACACAACCUCCCGCCAUCAACCACCACAUCUACACCACCUCCCGCGGUCAACCACCACAUCUACACCCCCUCCGGCCAUCAACCGGCACAUCUACAACACCUCCUGCCAUCAGCCACCACAUCUACACCACCUCCCGCCAUCAGCCACCACGAGUACAUCACCUCCCGUCAUCAGCCACCACAACAUCUACACCAUCUCCCGCCAUCAACCAUCACAUCUACACCACCUCCCGCGGUCAACCACCACAUCUACAUUACCUCCCGCCAUCAGACACCACAACAUCUACACCACCUCCCGCCAUCAACCACCACAUCUACACCACCUCCCGCCAUCAGCCUCCACGAGUACAUCACCUCCCGCCAUCAGCCACCACAUCAACAUCACCUCCUGCCAUCAACCACCACGAGUACACCACCUCCUGCCAUCAACCACCACAUCUACACCACCUCCCGACAUCAACCACCACAUGUACACCACCUCCCGACAUCAACCAUCACAUCUACACCACCUCCCGCAAUCAACUACCACAUCUAAACCACCUCCCGCCAUCAACUACCACAUCUAAACCACCUCCUGCCAUCAACCACCACGAGUACAGCACCUCCUGCCAUCAACAACCACAUCUACACCACCUCCCGCCAUCAACCACCACGAGUACACAACCUCCUGCCAUCAGCCACCACGACACCUCCCGCCAACAACCACCUUAUCUACACCCCCUCCCGCCAUCAACCACCACGGGAACACCACCUCCCGCCAUCGACCACCACAUCUACACCACCUCCCACUAUCAACCACCACAACUACACCACCUCCUGCCACCAGCCACCAUCAGUUCACCACCUCCUGCCAUCAGCCACCACGACCUCCACAUCUACACCACCUCCCGCCAUCAGCCACCACGAGUACAUCACCUCCCUGCCAUCAGCCACCACGAGUACAUCACCUCCCGCCAUCAGCCACCACAACAUCUACACCACCUCCCGCCAUCAACCACCACAUCCACACCACCUCCCGCCAUCAACCACCACAUCUACAUCACCUCCCGCCAUCAGACACCACAACAUCUACACCACCACCCGCCAUCAACCACCACAUCUACACCACCUCCCGCCAUCAGCCACCACAAGUACAUCAUCUCCCGCCAUCAGCCACCACAAGUACAUCACCUCCCGCCAUCAGCCACCACGAGUACACCACCUCCCGACAUCAACCAACACAUCUACACCACCUCCCGCCAUCAACCGCUACAUCUACACAACCUCCUGCCAUCAACCACCGCAUCUACACCACCUCUCGCCAUCAACCACCACAUCUACACAACCUCCUGCCAUCAGCCACCACAUCUACAUCACCUCCUGCCAUCAGCCACCACAUCAACAUCAUCUCCUACCAUCAACCACCACGAGUACACCACCUCCUGCCAUCAACCACCACAUCUACACCACCUCCCGACAUCAACCACCACAUCCUCACCACCUCCCGCCAUCAGCCACCACAUCUACAUCACCUCCUGCCAUCAGCCACCACAUCAACAUCAUCUCCUGCCAUCAACAACCACGAGUACACCACCUCCUGCCAUCAACCACCACAUCUACACCACCUCCCGACAUCAACCACCACAUCUUCACCACCUCCCGCCAUCAACCACCACAUCUACAUCACCUCCUGCCAUCAGCCUCCACGAGUACACCACCUCCCGCCAUCACUCACCACGAGUACACCACCUUCCGCCAUCAGGCUCCACGAGUACACCACCUCCCGCCAUCAGCAUACCACGAGUACACCACCUCCUGCCAUCAACCACCACAUCUACACCACCUCCCGACAUCAGUCACCACGAGUACACCACCUCCCGCCUUCAGCCACCACAUCUACACCACCUUCCGCCAUCAGCCAUCACUAGUACACCACCUCUCGACAUCAACCACUUUAUCUACACCACCUCCCGCCAUCAGCCUCCACGAGUACACCACCUCCCGCCAUCAGCCAGCAUGAGUACACAACCUCCCAACAUCAACCACUUUAUCUACACCACCUCCCGCCAUCAACCACCACAUCUACAUCACCUCCCGCCAUCAGACACCACAACAUCUACACCACCACCCGCCAUCAACCACCACAUCUACACCACCUCCCGCCAUCAGCCACCACGAGUACAUCACCUCCCGCCAUCAGCCACCACGAGUACAUCACCUCCUGCCAUCAGGCUCCACGAGUACACCACCUCCCGCCAUCAGCAUACCACGAGUACACCACCUCCUGCCAUCAACCACCACAUCUACACCACCUCCCGACAUCAGUCACCACGAGUACACCACCUCCCGCCUUCAGCCACCACAUCUACACCACCUUCCGCCAUCAGCCAUCACUAG